GACGUUAGGGACAAGCGUAGCACUCGAUCGUUGAAGCUUUAGGAGCGUAAAUUUUGUAUUGAAUAUUGGAAGGUGUUUAUAUACCUAGAAAAACAAAAUGGGGAAAGGAUUUAAUAAUUAUAUGUGUAAAAAGUUCUUCCAUCCAGCAUCUCGGGAUAAUUUGAAACGAGUAUGGAUGGCCGAACAACAAGCCGAGGCUUAUAAGAAAAAACAAGAAGAAUUACGUGUUCAAUAUGAAAAGGAACAGGAUCUUCAUAAUAACAAAGCUUUAUUAAGUAAAGAAAGCAAGGAUAAACUAAGUGUAAAUUUUAUGUAUGAACCACCACCUGGUGCAAAAAAGGAAAGAGAAAAAGAAGAUAAUGAGCCAGAAUAUAAAUUCGAGUGGCAACGUAAAUAUAAUGCACCGAGAGAAAGUUAUUGUAAAGGGGAUAGUGAAAUAAGAGAUCAACCAUUUGGUAUUCAAGUACGUAAUGUACGUUGUAUUAAAUGUCACAAAUGGGGGCACAUAAAUACAGAUAAAGAAUGUCCAUUGUAUAGCCAAGCAAUGAGUGUAGUAAUGGCAAAUAAUUCCCAAACUCCAUCAGCUCCAGACGCGUUAACACUAGUUCAACAAAUGAGAGAAGAUGGUCUAGCGCUUAAGAAAUCUGCUCUAAGUGCCCAGCAACAUUUACGGGUUCCUGAGCAUGAACAUCUUAUGGUUUCAGACGAUGAGGAACAGUCAGAAAUCUCAUUUUUAAAGACACUCUCCAAGAGAGAAAAGAAAAAGUUGCUAAAGAAAUUACAGCAACUUGAAAAAAGAAACAAAAAGACAGCAAAACAAAAAUUAAAGAAAAGAAAAACUAAACGUAAAACUAAAAACUACAACGAUAAGGAUAACAAUAGCAGUUCCAGUAGUAGUACCAGUAGCAGGAGCAGAAAAAGAAGUAUAAGUACCAGCAGUAGCAGUAGCAGCAGCAGCAGUAGUAGCAGCAGCAGCAGCAGUAGCAGCAGCAGCAGUAGUAGUAGCAGCAGUAGUACUAGUAGUAGCAGCAGUAGCAGUAGCAGUACUAGUACUAGUAUCAAUACAGACAGUAGUAAAAACAGUAUGAAUAAUAUGGAUAAAAUUUCUAAUGGUUCAACGUCAAAAAAAUUGAAGAAGAAGAGAAAGACGAAGAGGAAGGAAAAAGGAGAUUCCAUGUCAAACGACAACGCGAGGCAUUAUCGUCGAAAGAAAGACAAAAAUAAAACAAAGAGUCGAAAGGGAGAAAAUGACUUUAAAUAUGAUAAAAAGAAUAAAUACAAAAAAUCACGUAAAGCGGAUGGAGAGAAAAGCAAACAUAGAGAUUCUACUUAUAAGAAAAGGAAAGCUACAGUAUUUAACGAGGAUAAGAGUAGUGACCACGAAGAUAGAAAGAAAAUCAGACGGUUUUAAAAUUGUUUCUAUAUGUUGAAAGUAUAUAAUAAAUUUGAUUAAAUGUCAUAUAUGUAUAUGCGCGCACCUAUAUUUACUGUUAAUACAGAGCACAGAAUACACGAAUAAAACAAAACCGUACGCAUGUACAUUUUUUAUCUACGUGCAAGAGAAAAUACGAUUGAACACGAACAUAAUUGCUAAUUAUACUACUAAACUAUACAUAUAAUUGAUUUAAAACGUUAGCAUCGUUUUAAAUCUAUAACGGUACAACUUUUAUAAAUGUUUUAUGCGGAAAACAAUUGUAAAAAAAA